GACCAGGCGGCGUUGCUCUUGGGAUGAGGGCGCCCGCGCUGCUGACCUGCUGCUGCUGCUGUUGGCUGCUGGUCCCCGUGAACAGCAUUCAUCCAGAAUGCCAAUUUCAUCUGGAAAUACAGGAGGAAGAAACAAAAUGUGCAGAGCUUCUGAGCACUCAAACAGAAAAGCACAAAGCCUGCCCUGGCAUCUGGGAUAACCUCACGUGCUGGCAGCCUGCAGACCUGGGUGAGACAGUCACUGUACCCUGCCCUGUGGUGUUCAGCAACUUCUACAGCAAGUCAGGAAACAUAAGCAAAAACUGCACAAGUGAUGGAUGGUCAGAGACUUUCCCAGAUUUCAUAGAUGCAUGUGGCUACAAUGACUCCGAGGAUGAAAGCAAGAUCACAUUUUAUAUUCUGGUGAAGGCCAUUUACACCCUGGGCUACAGUGUCUCUCUGAUGUCUCUUGCAACCGGAAGCAUAAUUCUUUGCCUCUUCAGGAAGCUUCACUGUACCAGAAACUACAUCCACCUAAACCUGUUCCUCUCCUUCAUUCUGAGAGCUGUCUCUGUGCUGGUCAAGGAUGACAUCCUCUACUCCAGCUCUGGCACGCUGCACUGCCUCAACCUGUCCUCCUCUUGGGGAUUCAGGAUGCUCUGUACACCGGAAGAAGGAAGGAGGCUAGUGGGAAGGACCCACUGUUCCUCACACUCCUCGUGUGUCAGCUGCAAGCUCAGCCUAGUCUUCUUCCAGUACUGCAUCAUGGCAAACUUCUACUGGCUCCUGGUGGAGGGGCUGUACCUGCACACACUCCUCGUGGCCAUCUUCUCCCCCAGCAGGUGCUUCCUGACCUACAUGCUGAUUGGAUGGGCUAUACUUCUUGCACCAGAAGCCUGGUUCCAGCCUCAAUCAGAAGCUCAGCUUUUGCAUGUCCUGACCAUCUUGCUGCCUAGGAAGGCAUGGCACACAUUUGGAAUCCCCACCAUCUGCAUCGGAGUGUGGACGGCUGCCCGGCUCUCUUUAGAAAACACAGGUUGCUGGGACACAAACAACCACAGUGUCCCCUGGUGGGUGAUCCGGACGCCCAUUCUGGUCUCCAUCCUAGUCAAUUUUGUGCUCUUCAUCAGCAUCGUAAGGAUUUUAUUGCAGAAGCUGACGUCACCGGAUGUGGGCGGCAAUGACCAGUCCCAGUACAAAAGGCUGGCCAAGUCUACACUGCUGCUCAUCCCACUGUUUGGUGUCCACUACAUGGUGUUUGCAGCCUUCCCCAUUGGCAUCUCCUCCCAGUACCAGAUCCUGUUCGAGCUUUGUGUCGGGUCCUUCCAGGGCCUGGUGGUGGCGGUGCUCUACUGCUUCCUGAACAGCGAGAUCCCAAGGAAAUUGCUGACAUGGCCACAGAGGCAGACGUGGGUGGAAGGGGGCACCCUCCUAUCCCUGGACCAAGCCCUUGUCUCCACAGCACUCGGACCUGCAGGAUGAGCACAGCCCAGCCCAGCAGCUGCCCCUGCCAGACCCAACACUUGUCCCUCAAGCUGAGGUCUUCAGAAACCCCCUGGAGGCUUUGGUGGCCACGUGGACCCUGGCCAUGCAGGUACUGGUGAUCACCAUGAAGGUGCCCAGGCCAGAGGCUGGGGGGCCAGGAGGCAGCAAAGAAUAAGACCCCUAUCCCUGGAAGUAAGAUAGGACAUGGGCUUUGGGACAGCCCAAAUCUGCUCCCCCAGGGAGGCAGCUACAAUGUUUGUCCAGCAGGGCCAUCCCUGAUGCCUCCACAAUACUGCAGAUGAGCCCCCUGUAUCUGCAAUCACAGUGGGGUGGGCAGCUCAGGAACCAGAGGCCCCAAGCCCUAACUUCCAUGGGAGCAUGACAGACAGGUGACCUGGGACUGGAUAUGAAGGCUGCAGAUACUAAGAGUAGUACAGGUGAAUAAAGAGAGCUCUGGCUCAGUCUGCCUCUCCAGUUGUCAUAAGGAAGUAAAAUAUUGUUGAUGUCGAGGUGUGAGUCGUGCGCUGUGGUCCUUGAUCACUGGUGUGGACAUUGGCCACAUAUGGAAUGUGUUUGUCUGUCUAAGCAAGUGCCUAGGGACAGGAAAAAGACUCUGUAAACAGAGCUGAGGGAGCUGACUAGUGGCAGUGGCAGACUGGUGGCCCAUGGUCACGGUAUGCUCUGAUGUGUCCCAAGUGCAUGUGUGAUGUCACAGACCCACCCUGUGGGGGUAAACUGUGUAGAUACUGCUAUAAACCUGGUGUCACAUAUAUCCUGAAUACAGACUUGCUGUCAUGUCUAGUACUAUGGCACAGGCAGAAUCCUGCUGGCCACAUGGCUCCUUCAAGGAUGCUUCCCUAGAGGCUGUACCUAACCCUUCAGGUCCUCUAGGAAGAAGGUAGGUCUGAGGUGGCUAAGGAGCAUGUGUGGCAGCCUGGGUAUGUGGCCUCACCACCUUCCCUGAGCUCCGCAGAACCUGAAGACCCAUCAGUCAGAACCAGAGUGGGACUCAGUGCACAUGUGUGUGUAUAUGACAGGGUGUGCUUCCAUAUGUAUGUACACAUGGGAAGAUAUGCACACCUGUGUGUGCACGUGAGAGGGCAUGCAUGUUUGUGUGUAUGUGUGUUAUAUGUGUGUGUGUUUGUACACCUAUGUAUGUUUGUAUAUUAUAUGUGUGUGUGCUUACCCUUAACCACAAUUAUGCCAUAGGCAGAAAAAUAAUAUUUCUACUCCACGCUCAACCAAACCACUGCAUUGGCAAGAGGAACACACAGGGCUAAAAAUUAAACUCUCGGGAGGUCAAACUUAGAAAUGAGCCAAACAGACCACCGUCUGCUGGUCAGAGCAAAGCAGGCUGGCAGAGGAUGGGGGCCAGGUAGAUCCUGCUUAUGAGAGGGUUUGAACUCCGAAAGGUGGGAAGUGUUGGGGAGAUACUGAAGGAGAGUUGGCCCAACAGGAGGGCUGAGGGCUCUCAGGACUUCCUCCCCAGAAUGAACAGUGCUGACCACAGCAAAGUCACAGCUUCAGUUCCAGGGGCAGUGACACACUGGGUCCCCCUUUCUCCACUGAGGUAUUAAUCACAAGCAUUGGUUUUGGUCCAGGAUAUUCCUGUCUACCAAACGGAUCUUUCCUCUUCCCCUUCUGUUUACUCAUAGAAAUUAGGUCAUUUUGUACAGAGGUUCUGCAGCCUUUUUCCAAUAAAGACAGAACAGAGAUCCUUCCCAUCUAAAUGUUCAGAUGUGCAUUUUUCUUGAGACAGAGUAUCACUAAGUGGACCAGGCUGACCUCAAACUUGAAAUCCUCCUGCCUCAGCCUCUCACUUACCUGGGUUUACAGGUGUGCGCCAUCACACCCAGCUCAGAUCUGCAUUAUUUUCCACAGCUGCAUAUCACUCCACAGCCUAGACAUAACUUUGUUUAUCCAGUCAGCUCCUGUCCCUGUUUAAGCUGCUUUUUAUAUGUGUUUCUGUUUGAGUAUUCUCAUGGAAUAAAUCCUUAAGGCAGACAUGGGUUGAAGGGUAUUCAAUUCCAGCAGGUGUCUGCCCUGGGGACAGUGGGAGUGAAUCACACUCUAGCCACUCUGAGAGGCACCACACACCUACAUGGGUGCUUUGUCUUUUGCAGGGGACCCUGAGGGACCCAUGCCUCUGAUCUGCAUGUCUUUAAUUGUAAGGAGCAGUGAGAAUCUUGCCUCUAUAGAGAGCUUUUCUUCAGCUCUGUUAAAAGCAAGUCUCACCUGACCCACUAGCUAAGUAGAACAGCACCAGCCUCCCACAUCAGCAAACCUCAUACAUCCUCCCCACUGUCCAUGUCAGCACUACUCUUGGAUCAGCAGGCGUCUGGAAGCCACUGUGUGGGGACACGAAUGUCACAAAGGAUCCAGGGCAUCUUUUAUACCAAAAAAGUACUUAUAGAGGGUGAAAAGAAAAGGGUAUCUUGCUUCCUUUAUGUUUUCUACUCAAUGACAAGAGAAGUGGGGCGGGCAGCCUCAGCUGGCAACCCCCCCUUGCCCUCCCCCCUGGGACAUAGAGGGCCCUCAGGGCAGGUCCUUGGCUGGAUGUCCUGGAGCUGCCCCUGGGACUCUGGUUAGAGCUGUGUCUAUUCACCACCUGGAACUGGAGAACAGCAGGGAGAUAAACUGUUGGGAUAUAAUCACCAAGCCACACAGACCUGGGCCAGACCCUCUCUGAGAUUCAGGGUUCUGCAGCCUCACAUGUAAAGACCACAUGUGAAAGUCCAAGAAAACAGCAUGGAGAUUUGGUGCACCCGAAAAACAAAAAACACAGUGGUUUAAAUAAUGCAAGUCCAGAAUACGAAAGACUUGUGACUUUGAAAUCAUAAAGCAAAUUAUCACAGUCUACUCAGAGCCAGUGCUGAGAUAUAGGUGUCUAUGCAACCUAAAGUCGUUCCUCCUCCCAGGCCCCAAGACUUCUCCAGCUUACAGGACUGGGGGAUCCAGGCCCAGGCUUGUGCACUGGAGCUCUAGAUGCACAGUACAGCAGAGCCAGCAGAGGAAGGCUACACAGAGAACUCUGUGCAAGAGGUGGGGAGGACAGGAGAGCAGGGAAACCUUGGAUCAGACAGAGCAGCCCAGGCAUGAAGGUGCAGCUCCCAGCAGGACAACUGCAUAAAAGCUAGUCAAGCAAACUUGAACUCUGACCUUUUCUCCAAGGAACAUGGAAAGGGCUUUGCAGGGCUCUGCGGAUCUUAACAGGAAGGCCAGUCAGUGACUAUAACAGAAGCCUGGGACAGGGUCAAGGCCCAUAACUAAGACAACUUGGGGAAGAGUAGGGAGGGCAACAGAAGCAAAAACAGAGUGGGGUAAUCAGGACCCCAAGAAGUGCCACAGCUGUUCCCAGGGCUCACAGAACCACCUGGAGACCAGGCCAGGAACUAAGUCCAAACACUCUUCUGCAUGGCCAGGGUGUCCGGGGCUUUUGUGUUGAACAAACCCAGAUCCCAUCCAGGCUCAGGACCAUAAGGAACCAGGACGCUGAUACAUUGGGGGAGAUGGGACCCCACUUGGGCUGGGGGAUCCCAUAGGAGGAAACAGGGUAUGUGGGCUGCAUCUGUUCCCCACUUACCCAAUCCUGGGUCAUGGAAGCCAAAGUACAAUUAGGGACAACUCUAUGAAACUGUGGUGUGCACAGGACGAAACCAAGACUCAGUGGGCCAGGCUCACUGGUAUCCUUGGAGUCACCUGAUGAUGACAAUGAAACACAGGGAACAGCAGCUGCCAGAGACCCACACCCAGGCCACCAUAUGACUGUGUCCUGGGCCUGUUGACCACUAUGACCACCUGUGCUAUCUCAGAGUCACCCUGUAUCCUGGAGCUGGGCACCACAAGGACCCAGACACAUGUUAUCCUGUCCCAGGACUACCCCAUUUCCUGAUGUUAGGCAUUUACUAACCAUUGUACCAGAAACUGUAAGAGAAUAAGCAAACUAUUACAUUUCUUUAUAUGAAAAGUAAAUUAAAUCUGGAUCCUUAUGUGACAGUGCAGCCUGCUUAUCGUCACCUCCAGUGUGUGGCUAUACCCUUAUUUAGUGUUUUUUUUUAUGUUAUAGUAUUAUCAUAAUACUAUGUAACAUUAA